AUGGCGUGCCCAUUCCUUCAAGGCACACUUGCCGUGCCGCCGCGGCAGAUGUCCGCGGAACAAGAGUUCGCCAACAUCCGCUCACAAUACCCGUCCCUAUCCUCAACGGGCUGCACGGCCAAAUUUUGCCAGUCUGGUCGGAUGACACACAUGGACGAGGAUCGUGUUGGCCGGAAUCAGUCUUACGCUCAAGUCCGCGAGGAUGCGCUCGACUUUCUCCAACAGAUGUACAAGGAUGGUCUCAUUGACACGGAGCAACUCCACCACCGAGCACACGAAGUCCUUCAGGAGAUUCAAAAGAACUCGACAGAGGGAAAAUUCACAACGGCGUCCGAAUGUGGAUCGGAGGCACCACCGGCUACUACGGUUGGCUUGGUGGGUGGCUUGUGGACUCAGACUUUUGAGGAACUCGAGUUCGGGCUCCGGGCAGCUUGGAAACAUGCUCGGAAAUGCAUCAUGCGAUCUGAGUAUAGCAACUUGAGGCUAUGUGACUUGAGACAUGUUCGGACAAGCAAAAAGAUGGCCGAGACUCUCAUCGAGAACUUGAAAGUAGCCUACAACUCGGGUGAAAUCAACCCGACAGUCUUCGUCUUCCCUCCCAGAGACAUUGAUAGCCGCGGACCCAUGAUCUGGAACUCACAACUCUUGUCCUUUGCCGGGUAUCAACAAUCAAACGGCGAAAUCCUCGGAGACCCCGCCAACGUCGAGGUUACCAACGCCAUCAUUGAGCUCGGCUGGACACCGCCCCGUCUCCGCUCGCAAUGGGAUCUUUUGCCCCUCGUCACCAUGGCCGAGGGCGAGGAGCCCGUCAUCACUGAGCUUCCCAAGGACGCAUUCCCUCUGGUGCACAUCCGCCAUCCUAAGCAUCCAGGGCUCGAGACCCUUGGACUGCGUUGGGUUCCCGCGCCAGCACUCAGCCGCCUUGGCUUCAGCAUUGGCGGCGUGCAAUACACCGCGGCGCCCUUCGUUGGAUGGUUUAUGGAUGCCGAGAUCGGUGUUCGCAAUCUCGCAGAUUCGUUCCGCUACAACGCGCUUCCGCAAGUCGCUAAGGCCAUUGGCUUGGUCGAUGGCGAUGUGGAUGACCUCCCAGACUAUGAGCGUCUGGCGGUGUUGUCCCGCGCGCAGCUCGAGCUCAACUACGCAACGUACUGGUCCUUUGCUCAGGCGGGUGUCAGAAUGUCAGAUUCUCUUGGCGCGGCCGAGCAGUUUGCCCAGUUCGAUGACGAGCAUCUCAUGAACAACGGCUUCCGUCUCCCCUCUGAUCCAUACUGGCUGGCACCACCACAAGGCUCCAUCAUCCCCAUCUGGCACCGCGGCGGCUCUCCAAACUACCAACCGAAGCCGUUGAUCUGCCGCCAUGCCCAAGAUCCCAUCAAGGCCUGGCGCCGGCAACGACAAGCCCGCUCCACGCGAUCUCACCACCACCUGUCGGACACGCAGCUCAACAUCUCCAUCCCGCCGGUGCCGUCCAUCUCCCUCACGAGGCCCGUCACGCCAGUCUCUCCCUUCGGCACCGCCUCCUCCCCGUCGCCUUUCUUGCCCGUCCCUCCGCCCUCGCAAAUCGUCAGGCCUACCACGCCUCUAACGCCUUUGAGCCCCCGGGGGCCCGGGCGCAGGAUCUACAUCGGAUUCUGCAGCUCGGGCAAUGUAGCGAUCAAGCUUUGCAAGAGGCUGUGCGCGCAGCUGCAGCACGCGUGCGACAUUAACCCCAAGUUGGGUUCCGUCGUGGUGCCGUGCACGCUCAAUGCCCUGCCCAUCUCCAUGGUCGAGGCCGAUGAUGUAUUGGUCAUCGUUGCCAGCACGACAGGGCGCGGGGAGAUCCCGCAGAAUGGCAAGGCCUUUGCUGAUGCGCUAGCGAGAAACCCAAAGGCGAUUUCUUGCCAGUAUGCGAUAUUCGCGAAUGGAUCGCUGGAGUACCCGGACACUUACAACCAGGCCGCCAUGGACAUUGAGGAGCUGUUGAGUAAAGGAGAUGCUCAGAGACUCAUUGGCAUGCGCGAAGCCGACACCGGAUUCGAGAAUCCUCCCUGGUCCGUCCUUGGCCAGUUCUUUGAUCAGGUCCUCGCCGGGCUCCAAAAGUCGAGCCCGCAAGAUGAGAACAUGAGUGACGUGCAGCGGACCGCUCGCCCGGUCAGACCUUUUGACACCCGUCCGUGGUUUCAGGCCAAGGUCGUCGGACAGCCUGUCUUGGGGACUGCCGCCGACAGCAUGAAGAGGGUCACUCUCGACCUGGGCGAUCGAGAGUACCCUACCAUGGGCAGCGUUUGGAUUCUACCGCCCAACUCCAAGAACAAGGUGUCUCGUGUUCUUGGGGCCCUAGGCGUGCAGUCUGAAGAGCGUCUAAGCCUCCUGGGUGAGCCUACCGUCGGGGAGUUUUUCCAGCGCUUUGCAGACUUGGACCAGCCUUUCAAGUCUACGCAAUGGGCAGAGUGGCUGUCUCUUCCUCAUCCAGAGACCCUAGCCAAGGUUCCCAUUGAGAAUGUGGUCCAUCGGAUUCCUUCCAACUGGAGGCAGUUUGUGACGCUGGAUGCGCUGUGCAAUGCCAUGCCAACGAUACAGCCGAGGGAGUAUUCUAUCGCCUCUGAUGGUUCAAGAACGAAGCAGAAGAAUGGUAAUACUCUAGAUCUGCUCGUCCAGCACCACCCCAACGGCAAAUUCUCAGACAAAUACCUCAACUGCUUCGAGACCUUUGGAGCCGCGACCUGCAAGAUCCGCCCUUCGUCUCACCUACAGGCGAUGGCUGAGAACCAGGACAAGCCGAUGAUCAUCUUCACAACGGGUUCCGGUAUGGCUCCCGUCCGCGGACUGUUGCAAAACCGCCUACAGCGUCUGCAUUCCACGGAUGACAGGACCGCCAAGGGCCCUGCGAUCAGCCUGUUUGCCGGCUUCAAGGCGGCCGACGAGGCUCUCGUGCGCGAAGCGGUGCAAGAAGCAAGUGAGGCCGGCAUCCUUGACGUCUUGAGGCUGACGGGAAGCAACGAGGAGAAGAGGAGAGCACAGGAUGCGAUGCUAGAGACCGGGGUGAGGGAAAACUUGGUCAAGAAUAUCGAGGAUGGGGCACUUGUGUUCGCGUGCGCCAGGCCGCGAGCUGUUGAUGAUUUCUUGCAGAAUUUGAGCGAGGUGUUGGGUCGGGAUGCUAGAGAGGUGCUGGGCGAUCGUUUCGUUGCUGAUGUUUACCAGCCUGCCACUUGA